AUGGCCGAGUGUGAGCUGAAACACUGCCUGCCACAAAUAUACAAGGCCUUAUUGACAGCUUCAUGCCUGACAUGUCCCAAUGACCCAAUACAGUUUCUGAAAAACACCCUCCUGGCCUUCCAGGGACAUGAUAAUCUGCAGGAUGUUGACUGGCACAAGUUUGUUGCUGAUGCAGAACAACGCACCGCAACUACCUCUGUCACACGUAGGACAGUGGACGCUGCCUCUGUGGACCAAGAGGACGCCGUGUUGUCCUUUUGUCUGUUCGAGAAGGCUUACUCCAAUUACAGGAAACAUUUAACAUGCUCUUGCUUCAGGAAGUGGAAGAGGUUCACUACGCAGAGAAAGAGAAGCGCCAUAGAGCUGACUCUGAAGAUGAACCUCGCAAAGAAGCAUUAUGAGAGGAAAUGUCAGUGGCUUGCACUCACCAAAUGGUCAAACUGGGUAAAAAUGCACAAGAAGACACAGGCUGUUGCCAUCGAGAAACUUGUGAAACUUGUAAACGCUGGCCGCCUUAAGCGCAUCACGGCUGCAUGGCGUAAAGUUGCAAAGGACUCAAAGAGGACAAAAGAGUAUUUUAAGAGGUUGGAAAUGGGCUUUUUUGAAAAAAAAGUCCCCCAGAUUUGGGAAGGAUAUGACGGAUUCUCAGUGCUCCCUAGCAGCCUCUCACUGAAGAUCUUUCAAUAUUUAGAACUGCGAGACUGGCUAAAUUGUGCCGAGGUGUGCUACGCCUGGAGAGCUAUCAUCCAGUCAGGCACAUUAUGGAGUCAGAUCAAUUUCUCUGUGGAGAAAAACUGGAUAACAGACAGCACAAUGAAGCAGAUUCUGCAGAACUACCGCCCAUUUGUGAUCCACCUCAACCUGCGCGGCUGCACGUCUCUAAAAUGGCCCAGCUUAAAAUGCAUCAGUGAAUGCAGAAAUCUCCAGGAGCUGAAUGUGUCAGAGUGUUUUAAUGUUACAGAUAUGAUGGUUCAGAGAAUCGUUGAGGCUUGUCCCUGUCUGCUCUACUUGAACCUUUCUUGCACACUCAUAACAAACAAAACUCUGAGAGAACUGUCCAGGAACUGUCUCAACCUUCAAUACCUGAGUCUGGCCUACUGCUACAGAUUCACAGAUAAAGGGUUUAUGUACCUGACCACAGGGAAGGGCUGCCACAAUCUCAUCCACCUCAACCUGUCCGGCUGCACUCAGAUGACAGUAAACGGGUUCAGAUACAUUUCUGCCGGAUGUCCUUCACUCAGAGAGAUUGUGAUCGAUGACAUGCCCACGCUUUCAGAUAGCUGUGUUUUGGCACUAAUUGCCAGAUGUCGCUGUCUGUCUGCCAUUUCUCUCCUGGAUGCUCCUCAUCUUUCCGACAUCACCUUCAAAGCCAUCGCUGAAGUAGCCAAACUGAAGACUUUUUGCACAGAGGGGAACAACCAACUAACAGACAUAAGCUGGGCGGCCCUGUGCAGCAGCUCACAAGGCCUCUGCAGACUCCACGCCGUAGAAUGCACCCGGAUGACCGACGCCAGCCUCAAAUCCGUGGCCGCCCUCAAGAACCUGCAACAUCUGGACAUCUCUUGUAACAACGUGAGUGAUAUUGGUAUCCAGUGCUUGACUGAAGGUUCCUCAUCCACCAAACUGAGAGAGCUGAAUGUCAGUCAGUGCAGUCACAUCACUGACAUAUCUGUCAAGAGGAUUGCACAAAGGUUGUGUAAACUGUACCAUCUCAACUUGAGUUAUUGUGAGAGACUGACCGACAUGAGUGUGGAGUGGCUGAGUGGCAGCUCUAUCUGCUCUCUUGACAUCAGCGGUUGCAACAUCAACGAUCAGGGACUGGCAGCUCUUGAGGGAAUUCCCUUGAAGAAGUUAGUCCUUUCCGAGUGUGUCUACGUCACAGACAUUGGCAUAGAGAAGCUGUGCAAGAAAGUGAGGGAUCUGGAGCAUGUUGAUGUGUCUCACUGUGUGGCUCUGUCAGACCCGGCCAUCAGAGCCAUUUCAUUUUACUGUAGAGGUCUAGUCACACUGAGGAUGUCAGGUUGUCCCAAGAUGACAGAUAUGGCCGUGCAGUAUCUGACAAUUGGAUCUCAGUACCUGCGAGAGCUUGAUGUGAGUGGCUGCGUUCUUCUCACAGAUCGCACUCUCAAACACUUAGAAAGGAUCUGUCCUCCACUCUGCGCCCUCACGAUGAUCUGCUGCAGCAGUAUCUCCAAGGCGGCUGCCUUAAAGCUUCAGCCACGCAUGGAGUACUGGAAGCACAGCAAUGACGACCCUCCAUACUGGUUUGGAUACAACACAGGCCAAGUGAUGCAUCAAAUCACAAGACCCGUGAAGACCGACAACACCUGGGAAGUGGUGGAGAAGCACUCGGUGAUGACAGGAGCAGCAAGUAUAGAGAGGAUAUAAACACAUCUAAAUUAAUAAGUGCUUUUUUAAAAAACACACAAUCACAGAAACCAUCAUUUUUGGGACAUUGUUUCAACACCAUUUUGAAUGAUACACUUGAGAUAAUCCAAACAAGAAUGGAAUCAUAAAUUAAAUUAGACGUUUCUGUACUCAGUCUGAAUAGAGGCUCAGACAUAACAUUGUUUUAGGAACCUGAAUUAUUUACUAAUACACAUAAUAUUUCACCAGCUCCUGACAGUGGUAUGUCCUGUGCCUUUGACCUUGACCCUGCUAGACUAUAGUGGGUUAAUAACUCUUUGUUAGACAACCAGUGCAUAAACACUACUGAAUUUCUUAUAGAACGGGUUUUUUUUCUAGGGUGUGUGUGGGUGGGGUUUAAAUCCGCGAUAAUGCAAUUGUUUCCUUGCUUUUUUUUUUAGUAAACUACAUUUGUACAAAGACAACACAAUUGUAUGUAUUUCUCCAAAAGUCUACAAAAGUCUGCAACUUCUCAAUUGUAAGGUUUAAGUUCUGAAACAACUGAAUGGAUAAAAAAGCUACGUGUCCCAGUUUUGGUCUUGAGAUAUGAUACACAUGGUACUCAGAGAAAUUGCCUCAGUUUUAAAAACCUUGGAAUCUGGAUUGUAGAUAAAUGGCUGUGCUGUUUCCACAAUAAUAAUAAUAAUAAUAAUAAUAAUAAUACCACUAAUUAUUUACCACAGACGACAACACAAACAUCAUCUUUAGCACUGAGGGCAUGACCAUCAUUCAUGUCUAAUUAUUUAACUAAUACUUGUUGUUAUAGUAAAUGGA